CUCUCGCAUCUUGGUUCCCGGUACUGGGUUUCUGCUGCAAUAAAGGAUAUGGCGGCUCGGUGGAUCGGGUCUUCUCUCCUCUCGCGCUCUCGCUCCGCUUCUUCUCGCGCUCUCGCCUACUCCCUCUUUCGGAAAGGAAUAGAUGGUUCGGCGUCUGGGGUCUUUCGAAGGUUUAGCAUUGCUGCGGCGAUCGAAGAACCGAUUUCACCACCAGUGCAAGUAAAGUACUCGCAGCUUUUAAUAAAUGGGAAAUUUGUGGACUCAGCAUCAGGAAAGACUUUCCCAACCUUGGAUCCUAGGUCCGGGGAAGUCAUUGCUCAGGUUGCUGAAGGAGAUGCAGAAGAUGUCAACCGAGCCGUCACCGCUGCUCGCAAGGCAUUUGAUGAAGGACCAUGGCCUAGGAUGACUGCUUAUGAAAGAUCGCGCAUACUUAACCGGUUUGCAGAUCUGAUAGAGAAACACAAUGAUGAGAUUGCUGCACUUGAGACUUGGGACAAUGGGAAGCCAUUUGAACAGGCUUCUCAAAUUGAAAUUCCAAUGCUUGCACGUCUGAUGAGAUACUAUGCCGGUUGGGCAGAUAAGAUCCAUGGGCUUGUCGUGCCAGCUGAUGGCCCGCACCAUGUUCAGGUCUUGCAUGAGCCAAUUGGUGUUGCAGGCCAAAUCAUCCCCUGGAAUUUUCCUCUUCUUAUGUAUGCUUGGAAGGUGGGGCCUGCAUUAGCAUGUGGGAACACUAUCGUUCUGAAGACUGCAGAACAAACUCCUUUAUCUGCCCUAUAUGUGUCAAAGCUAUUCCUUGAGGCUGGUCUUCCUGAGGGUGUUCUAAAUGUGAUAUCCGGAUUUGGGCCUACUGCUGGUGCAGCUCUUGCUAGUCACAUGGAUGUUGAUAAGCUUGCUUUUACCGGAUCUACUAGCACCGGCAAAAUUGUACUCGAACUGGCCGCAAGAAGCAAUCUUAAGCCAGUGACACUAGAACUUGGGGGAAAAUCUCCAAUGAUAGUAAUGGAUGAUGCUGAUAUUGACCAGGCUGUAGAGCUUGCGCAUUUUGCUUUAUUCUUUAAUCAGGGGCAGUGCUGCUGCGCUGGGUCUCGUACAUUUGUACAUGAGCGUGUAUAUGAUGAGUUUAUAGAGAAAGCAAAAGCUCGUGCGAUAAAACGUGUCGUUGGUGACCCCUUCAUUAAGGGUGUUGAACAAGGCCCUCAGAUUGACGAGGAGCAGUUCAGCAAGAUCUUGCAUUACAUCAAAUCUGGGGUUGAAGACGGUGCUACCCUUGUAACAGGAGGCACUCGAGCAGGGACCAAAGGCUACUACAUUCAACCCACCAUCUUCACUGAUGUACAGGAUGGUAUGAAGAUAGCACAAGAAGAAAUCUUUGGGCCAGUUCAGUCGAUCCUUAAGUUCAAGGAUCUCAAUGAGGUGAUCCAAAGAUCAAACAAAACUCGCUAUGGUCUGGCUGCUGGUGUAUUCACUAACAAUCUGCAUACUGCAAACACCUUGAUGCGUGCCCUAAGGGUUGGAUCAGUAUGGAUCAACUGCUUCGAUGUCUUUGAUGCCGCAAUUCCCUUUGGUGGCUACAAGAUGAGCGGGCAAGGCAGGGAGAAGGGCAUCGACAGCCUCAAGAACUACUUGCAGAUCAAGGCAGUUGUCACUCCCUUGAACAAUCCUGCAUGGUUGUAAAUGGCUUAGUGAAACUGUCUUUUUGUUGCAAGUUAUUCGGAAACCUUAGAUCUGUGACAGAUCUAAUAAGCUUCAUUAACGCUUCAAAUAAUAACGAUUCCCGCUUUUGUUAUCUUAUA